UUGAGGGGGUCCAUCGGGACCAAAAAACACGUGGAAAACCAGAAGUCCAAAUUGGGACGGGUAAUGUCCUUCCUUAGAUUUGUGAACAAGGGAAGGACAAUACUCCCCAAUUGGACUUUUCUGCAGGACCUUGAUCGAGUUCAUCAGUGGCCGGCGAAGCUCCUCAGAGAGGGGAAGGCAGAAAACACCACUAGGAAUUACCUCCUGAAUGUGAUGGAGUUCGCGGGCUACUUUCGGGACACGCCACCAAGCACCUCGCGUGUCCCGAAAAAGGCAGUGAUUGGCCUCCUAAGAGCAGUGUCCGCUGAUAUUAAACAGCUUAAAAAAGAUGUCAACGUCCGCCAGAUGUUGGUCAAAAAGCGUAAGAUCAGAAGGGUGAUUGCCAAGGAGGACCUCAGGAGGUGUCAGAGGCAGGCGUGCAGGAAAAUCCCCCAACUGCUCGACACCAUCCAGACUGACCCCAGCUCACUCAACAUACGCCGGUUCUAUGGCUACUUUGGCGUAUACCUCGCCAGUAUAUAUGGCCAUAGAACCGGCGUGUUGACCAAUAUGACCCUGGCCGAAGUGGACGAGGCGCGGGUUGACGCCAGGACCGCAGACCAGGGCUUUGUCAUUAACGUGAAAGAGCACAAGACAAAUCGGGCUUUUGGGCCAGCCCAAGUGUACCUCACAGUGGAGGAGUUUGGAUGGCUGGAGCAGUGGCUCCAAAUAAGGGAAACCCUUCAGCCAUCCACUGACCUGGUAUUUUUCAACGAGAACUACCAGAAGAUCAAGAACCUACAACAACACCUCCAGAGUGCAUGGGCAGAAAUGGGGUUCUCAGGUUCCCCCACAUUUACACAGAUUUUAGGACCUCGAUAG